AUGACGUCCUCAAUGCUGCGAAGACAACUGAAAAACCUGGUCCAGAACUACUCUGAGGCCGAGGUCAAGGUGAGAGAGGCCACGUCCAACGACCCCUGGGGCCCAUCCAGCACGCAGAUGGCCGAUCUCUCAGACCUCACCUACAACGUCGUGGCCUGUAACGAGAUCAUGACCAUGCUCUGGAAGCGCCUGAAGGACGACAGGAACUGGAGGCACAUCCACAAGUCCCUGACCCUCCUGGAGUACCUGCUGAAGACUGGAGAUGACCGCGUGCUUCUGAAAAUGAAAGACAAUGUUUACAUCGUCAAGGCGCUGACAGAAUAUCGCUUUUCUGACAAGGAUGGCAAGGAUCAGGGAGUGAAUGUUCGAGAAAAAGCCAAAGUUGUUCUCGUUCUAAUGGAGGACGAUGAAAAGCUGAAAGAGGAGCGAGACUUUGCCUUCAAAACGCGAGAGAAGACUUCCAAAGGCGCUGCAGCUUCGUCGACUGAUGCCAUCAAAGAUCCCAACUACAAACCGUGCUACGUGGCCGGGGCCUCGGGACUGCCCUCUCUGGACAACAUCCCAUCAGUCGCCGAUUUAACUGCGGCGUUUGCAGCAAAAAAAGAAGAGAGAGCCAAACACGAGCAUCAGAAGAAGGAGGCAGAGAGAAGGGCGAAGCUGUCGGAAGACGAGCUCCAAUGGGAAGAUGCGGGCAAAGGGCCUGAAGUCGUAGACACGGCGUGGGGGGAAGAGAAGGAGGAGGAGACGGACGAAUGGGGGGCUCCCAAAGAACCCAAAGAGGCCGAGGGUCCAUGGGGCACUCCUGAUCGGCCUGAGACCACAGACGCAGAGACGGCCGACCCCUUUGUGGAGGGAGAAGACCCGUUCGCUCCCCCAGAAGAGGUUAAGUUCACAGAGGACGACAGCGAAGACCCGUUCCAAGCCCCCAAGGACAAAACCCCUGACGAGAAACCCAAGUCUUCCCCUGUGUUUGAGGAAGACGCAUUCACCUCCAGGCCAGACGACCCGUUCAAUGCGCCCAAAGAGGAUCCGUUUAAGGCUAAAGCUGAAGACCCGUUCGCCUCGGCAGAGAGUGAUCCGUUUGGAGCUCCGAAAGAUGAUCCAUUCUCCGCUAAGUCAGAAGUCUCCUCUAAAUCGGAAGACCCAUUUGGAGUUCCUAAAGAUGAUCCAUUCUUCACUAAGUCAGAAGUCUCCUCUAAAUCGGAAGACCCAUUUGGAGUUCCUAAGGAUGAUCCAUUCUCUGCUAAGUCCCAAGACCCAUUUGGGGUCCCUAAAGACGAUCGAUUCUCCUCAAAUACAGAAGCCUCCUCUAAAUCAGAAGACCCGUUUGGAGCACCUAAAGAUGAUCCAUUUUCCUCUAAGUCCGAAGACCCGUUUGGAGCCCCUAAAGAUGAUCCAUUCACUGCUUCUAAACCUGAGACUGAAGACCCGUUUGGCGCGCCCAAAGACGAUCCGUUCACGACAUCGAAGAGCGCCCACUUUGACGACUUCAAAGAGGACCCUUUCGGAAUGCCGGCCGAAGACCCGUUUGUCUCGGCGAAAGAAGCAGCAAAGUCGCCGCCUCUGAAAGAUGAUCCAUUCGUGGCGGGCCCUAACCCCGUAGAAGAAGGGUUCGAAGCCCUGAUAUCUCCCACAGAAGAUCCCUUCAGCACAGGACCUGCAGAUGACCCAUUUGCAGCUCCGACCUCUCCCCCUAAAGAAGACCCAUUCUCCGCCUCAACCAAACCCUCAGGAGACCCCUUUGCCUCCCCCACCUCCCCCCUGAAAGAAGACCCGUUCACAGCCGCGGCCAGUUCUCCCAAAGACCCCGCCGUCGCGGACCCCUUCAGCGCUCCGUCUCCCCCAGGGAGUGCAGCCGAUGCCUGGGGAGAGCCGGCCAGUCCUCCCCCCUCCUCAGCCGGAGACCCGUGGGGAGACAGUGCCAAGUCCCCCAUGAACGAUGCGGACCCAUUUGGAGACUCGACGAAAGCAGACGACGACCCGUGGGGAGCGCCAGCUGCUGCUCCAGUGAACACGGACGAUGCGUGGGGCGCCCCAGCCCCCGACACACUCCCCUCUCCUUCUGAUCCCUUUGGGUCUAAAAGUGACCCCUGGGGAGCUCCGAGCACAAACAGCCAAAACACAGGACUCGGAUCGGUUUCAGAUUUGGAGACAUUUAAAAAGACUUCUUGGUUUCUGGGUUCGGCCGCGGCAUCGUUGGUCGACCUGGACGACUUAUUUUCUUCAAACCCUGCACCAAAACACGGCUGCGCUGCUGUUGCCAAAGCAGUCGCCGCUGGCGUUUCGAAUGCACCCUGUCAUCCCCGAGCGUCGGCAUGGCCCGGCGGACAUCUUGGCUCCACUUUGACUCCUUCAUACUUUGGAUUGACGAGCCCGCCCUCUGCUCCUGCCCAAUCGUUCCAAAUGGAGGUUGGGUCGAACUAUGCUUUCAAUAUGGCUUCUCCACAAGGAUCACAGAUGCAGAUGCAGAAGCAGCCGGAACCAGGAACAGAUGAGGACCAGGACCAGAGGAGUCAAGAGGGCGGACGCUCACCCUCCUACAGAGCCCCGCGGAGGCAGCAGCAGAUGGGCAGAGUGUGGAGAGGAUUAAGAGCACAGAUCUCAAAACUCUAA